AGAGUGAGUUGGAGCCGGACUGGAAGAGGCUUUGUCUGAAUAGGUCACAGCUCAUGUUGUAAUGCCAGAAGAAACAGUAUCUCAACAACAGGCUGUCCACAGCCACCUGGAGAAGCCAUCAAGUACUGCGAUUCUGUGUAACACCUGUGGGAAUGUAUGCAAAGGAGAAGUUUUGCGAGUCCAGAACAAGUAUUUUCAUAUAAAGUGCUUUGUUUGCAAAGCUUGUGGCUGUGACUUGGCAGAAGGUGGUUUUUUUGUGAGGCAAGGAGAAUACAUUUGUACCUUGGACUAUCAAAGACUAUAUGGGACCCGGUGCUUCAGCUGUGAUCAUUUCAUCGAGGGUGAAGUGGUUUCAGCACUGGGGAAGACUUAUCACCCAGACUGUUUUGUGUGUGCUGUUUGUAGAUUGCCUUUUCCUCCUGGUGACCGGGUGACCUUUAAUGGAAAGGAGUGUAUCUGCCAAAAGUGUUCCCUACCCCCAACUACCAGCGGGAGCUCUUACCUGCUUCAAGGACUCCGGAAUUGCGGAGGCUGUGGAGCAGAAAUCAAAAAUGGCCAGUCUCUGGUGGCUCUAGACAAACACUGGCAUUUGGGCUGUUUUAAAUGCAAGACUUGUGGAAAGCAACUGAAUGCAGAGUAUAUUAGCAAGGAUGGUGUCCCUUACUGUGAGGCCGACUAUCAUACCAAGUUUGGCAUUAGAUGUGACAGCUGUGGAAAAUAUAUCACAGGCAGAGUAUUGGAGGCAGGAGAAAAACACUAUCAUCCUUCUUGUGCGUUAUGUGUCAGGUGCAGCCAGAUGUUUGCAGAAGGCGAGGAAAUGUAUCUUCAAGGUACAUCCAUCUGGCAUCCGGCCUGUAGACAAGCAGCCAAAACUGAAGAAAAAAACAAGGAAACAAGAACUUCCUCAGAGAGCAUCAUUUCUGUGCCUGCCUCAAAUACAUCAGGAUCUCCAAGUCGUGUGAUUUAUGCUAAGCUUGGAGAUGAAAUUCUUGACUACAGGGACUUGGCUGCCCUUCCUAAAAGCAAAGCCAUCUAUAACAUCGACCGCCCAGAUAUGAUCUCCUACUCCCCAUACAUCAGUUACUCCUCAGGUGACAGGCAUAGUUAUGGAGAGUCACCUCAGUUGCUCUCUCCAACUCCUCCAGAGGGUGACCAAGACGAUCGAUCAUACAAGCAAUACAGGACCUCCAGUCCAAGCUCCACAGGAUCAGUCAGCUACGGGCGUUACACUCCAACUUCCCGCUCCCCUCAGCAUUACAGCAGACCAGCUGGUACUCUGAGUCUUGGUACCAGUAGCUGCAUCUCCCUGCCCCAACACCCAAGCCCUACAUCUAUGUUCAGACAUCAUUACAUCCCUUACUUCAAAGGCAGUGAAAGUGGCCGGAGCACUCCCAGUUUAUCCAUGUAUUCAGACAGCAAACCUUCACCUUCUACCUAUCAGCAGGCUCCUAGACAUUUCCAUGUGCCAGACUCUGGAGUAAAAGAUAACAUCUAUAGGAAACCCCCCAUCUACAAACAGAAUGGUAGAGUCUGCUUUCCUCUUCCUUCAGUGACAAAGAAAUCAGAUGGAGAAGAUGGAAGUUUUGAUCCCGAUAAUCGGAAGCAAAAGACCAAUUGGUUGUUUCUCAAGGGUGAUAUGGACACUAGAACAAACUCACCUGACCUGGAUACACAGUCGCUAUCUCAUAGUAGCGGGACCGAACGAGACUCUCUUCAGAGAGUGCAAGGAGACUUCUAUUCACGAUUCCCAUAUACCAAAUCUGCUUCCCUCCCUGGAUAUGGAAAGAAUGGAUUCAACCGGAAUGCAAAUAUGGCCCAAUAUGAAGCAGACCAGGAUACCAGUUGGGGGAUGCGAGAAUACAAGAUCUAUCCCUAUGACAUGCUCAUUGUCACAAACCGAAUUCGAGUGAAAUUGCCCAAAGAUGUGGACAGGACCAGACUAGAGAGACACUUGUCCCCUGAAGAGUUCCAGGAAGUCUUUGGGAUGACCAUGGAAGAAUUUGAUCGCCUGGCCCUUUGGAAAAGGAAUGAAUUAAAGAAGAAGGCAUUGCUUUUCUAACCUCUCCAAGAGAAAAAAUGUGCUUGUUCAGCAAAAGAAAAACCCAACAACAACAACAAAAAAAACCCCAACCUAAAGUAGUGUUCCAGAACUAUCGUACACGCUUACUGCCCCGCACCAUUCUCCUACUUCUUUGUGUUCAUGUUGGGGGGAAGUGAUCAAAGAAAGAGUUUAGCUUAUAGAGUUUUGUAACAGAGGUCAUUCUGGAAUCUGGGGGAUCAGCCACUGACUCUUCUCCCCAGCUGGUUAAAGGAAAAAAUGAAUGAAAGAAAGCAAAUAGCCUUAAGUCACCCAUUCCUCUGUAUAACUUAAUGGGAAGGGGAUCACUAAAGGGGAGGGGGGAAGAGGAAACAUAGCUGUGACAUGGGAAAUGAUAGCUCAUUAGUUGGCUUUUGAGAAAGUGUGUUAAACUGGCAGAAGUGAGGAGGAAGCCUUGAAUGCCGCCAUAUGUAAGGAAAGACAGACAGACUUUCGAACAUCCAAGGGACUUGUGUUUUUAGUUAAGAAUCACGGCUGAAGAAAGUGAAGGGUUUCUUUUUAGGGGAAAAGACAAAUCUCCCUGAAACCAAUGGAAAGUCUUUGACAUGUUCUAUUUAGAGGUAUUGAGCUACGAUGGUUUAGAGGUAUCACAUGCACAUUCACGCACACACACACGCACAUGCACCUCUCAAUGGUAUCUUUAAUUAUUCAAGAGUUUUUAUUUUAUUAAAAAAUCUAUCGACAUGCUGGUUAUAGCAUACUAAACACUGAAAUGACCUAUAUAAAGAGCUUAAUUUCAACCUCCCGUUCUACAGAAAUCCUGAAGCCUUAUACCUCCUGGGUUCAUAGCUAUGUAGUUUCUGUCAUUUCAAUGUUGCUAACUUAUACCUAUACAUAUAUAUAUAUAUAUAAAUAUACAUAUAUAUUAUAUAUAAUUUUUCUACACUUCCUCCAGGUGAUGUGAAUGGCAUCCCCCUAUAAAAGAAUGCGAUUUGUACAUAAGUGUUCUAAAGGCACCACUCUUUCCUCCCCUUCCCUGGCUUCAUCUUGUGAGCCUAAUAAAGGUCACUUAGCCUUCUGACAGCAAAAGCUGGGGCCUGUAGGAGCUCAGCAAAUCAAUCAAUCAAUCAAUAGACUAGAAAGCCUAGCUCUCCCAGUGGACACAUUCAAAACCAAACCAAACCCAGGCCCGAUCCCCGCAUGUUUCUGGACAGACCGGAUGCCUCCAUAAUCACAGUGUACAACGGGGAGAAGGGACGUUUUGCUUUUGCAAGACAAAGCUAGAGGAACACUUCCUAGGUGCUGGAUGUGAGCACUGGGUUCUUGAUGCAAAGAAGACUAUAAAAUUGCUAAUGGUCCAUGGGAGGAAGCCUAGUGGUGGGGAGAAGGUGGAAAUGCAGUGAAUCGGGAGUUUUAUGUAAUUCUCUAAAUGUGUUAUCCAAAGUAUAUUUUCCAGUUCUCUGUUGUGGUCUGCAUUUUUCAUGUCCGGAAUGUCUGUGUUCCUAGUCUACAUUCACUCUAAAUCUUUUGGCGGUUACUUAAAGUGACUGCCUGCGAUGUGCACUGCUUCAAACUAAUUCAACAUGUCCAGGGAUGGAAGAGGCCUUGUAGUGUUCAUCUUUACCUCUUGGAAUGAGCUGGUGAGAAUGGAGAAGUCAGAAAGGAGGUCUUUUCUCCUCGGCUCAGAGCUCUGUCUGAUCCUACAGACACCUGGGAAAAUAAAGACAUUUUUGCUCAAUAAAGUAAAAA